CAAGAUUCAGUUAUAUGUAGCCUUUGUCACUUCCUGUCAUUACUUUUAUGCUUUCGUUUAACUUAACUUUUUUGGAUGAGAACUUAUUUUCUGAACUACAAACUUAAUUGCUGUGUUAUACUAGGAGAAAAUGAUGGAUGAGUUUGCAUCUGUUAAAAGCAUCCCUGGGUAUGAAGCGGUCCUGAAAACUGUCCUGAAGAGCCAGAUAAAGCUGCUGGUAGAUCAGCUGACCGCCCAGACCGGGGAGGAGGUGAUCAUGCUUACAGCAAGCCUCCAGGACGGCUCCUUCACCAGCCUGGGGUCACAGGCUGGCAACAUGUUCCUGGACAAUAACACCAGCAUCAAGACACAGUUCUAUGGCUUCUGUAUGAAAGAGCAAGAUAAAACUCAUGGGAAAAGAAAGUCUGACUCCAAAGCGAUACCAGUUAUUAAAAAAUUUAAAACUCCAUUUGAAAGCAACAAAAAACAAACACCAGAAAAAAAAGACAAACCCCAAAUUAUCAUUGUUCCUGUGCAGUCAUCAACCCCCAGUGUUAAAGCCACUCAGCCACCUGCUGUGAGCCAGAGCUCGCAGCAGCCCUCGCCAGCACCCAAUUCUAGCACAAGCACAGCCAGGUCUGACACAGGCACUCAACUCUCACAAACAUUCUUGUACAUUGAUGACACACAAGGAGAGUCUGCAUCCAUUGUUCCUUUUGAUGAGGACAUUGGGGACGAGGGUCAGGAUUUCUUAGGAAUGUCAGACGAUGAGGCUGGAGAUCCAAACUACUUUGAAGGUCAAACACCGAAAGUCAAGGUAGUCAGAAUCGAGGGCUCAUCUGCUCAAGGAACAACUCCUGGGAAGUCACCCGAUAAAAGCCGCCGGGUCCAUGACUACAAGUACAGGUACAAGAGCAAGGCCAAGCCCCUGCCACUCAUGGAGCACCCCAUCGCCCCAGCAGCCAGUCUGAGUGCAUCACUGCAGGCAAAGCUGGACAGGCUACACAACACAAAUAAGAACAGCUGUGAGAAAUGUGGCAAACUGUUCCUGCGUGAAGAUCAGCUGGAGAUACACAUGCGCUCUCAUACUGCCGAGGCGCCAUUCCAGUGCAAGCAUUGUGGAAUACAGUUCAGAAACAAGACCAACAUGAAUAAACAUGUUCGAGUUCAACAUGGCUCAGAAUUUGACAUUAGCCUAUGACAUUGAUCAUAAAUAUGAAUUAGCAAAUGUUACUGCUGGAAACUCAAUAAAACAUUAUUGUAUUAGAUCAACUAUUAAAUUUUGAUAACCAGCCAGAUCCAAGGCAGUUUGUUGGCAUAUAAUCGCCAGCAAGUUUUUUAACAAGCACAUAAGCAUGAAGCACUUAUGUAUAUUGGCAGUUGAAUUAUCCCCAAUUUUCCAAAUUACUGUUGUCUGCUAUCUGAUGGGUAGUUUUGGUCAAUAAUUUGCAUUAACCGAUCUUGAUGACACUUAGGACAUAGCAAGCUUGGAUGGAGACCUGCUUAUCAUUGUUAUGGAGCUAUUCGGGUCAAGGUCACCAUUUUUAAAGUUUGGAUGGAGGUUUUAUUGCAUUUGAAUUUUGUUCACGGCUAGCUGAAUGGAUACCUAACUUGGUAUUGCAUUUUAAGCUGUUCAGAUCAAGGUCAUUUUUACAAAGAAUAGAAAUACAUUUUCCCCUUAGUAACUCAAGUUUGCAAUCAGGUCACUGUUACAAAGAAUAGAAAAACAUUUUCCCCUUAGUAACUCAAGUUUGCAGUCAGGUCACUGUUACAAAGAAUAGAAAUACAUUUUCCCCUUAGUAACUCAAGUUUGCAGUCAGGUCACUGUUACAAAGAAUAGAAAUACAUUUUCCCCUUAGUAACUCAAGUUUGCAGUCAGGUCACUGUUACAAAGAAUAGAAAUACAUUUUCCCCUUGGUAACUCAAGUUUGCAGUCAGGUCACUGUUACAAAGAAUAGAAAUACAUUUUCCCUUUAGUAACUAAAGUUUGCAGUCAGGUCACUGUUACAAAGAAUAGAAAUACAUUUUCCCUUUAGUAACUCAAGUUUGCAGUCAGGUCACUGUUACAAAGAAUAGAAAUACAUUUUCCCUUUAGUAACUCAAGUUUGCAGUCAGGUGUUAGAAAUUGUAAGUGCAGGUAGCUUACCUACAGACCAAGCUUGGGAUUGCAUAGCUUACCUACAGACCAAGCUUGGGAUUGCAUAGCUUACCUACAGACCAAGCUUGGGAUUGCAUUUGGCAUCAGUCAGGGUAAGGUAAAGGUCACUGAUACUAACAAUAGAAACAACUGUUGCCGCUUAAAAACUUGCAUUUGGAUAGAAGUUUUGCAUGGAAAUUGUGUGUGUAGGUUGCUGUCAUAGACUUUGGUGGGGAUUGCAUUUUGGUUGAGUUUGAUGAAGGUCAACGUCAAUUGCUAAAAAUAAAAAAAGUUUCUGCACAAUUAUUUGAGUUAAGAUACAGGUUUUAUUCUGAAAUUGUAUGUGAAGGUAGUUUAAAUGCAUAGCAUAAUUGAGAUUGCACAUUAAUUAUUUUAAUUAAAAUAGUUUAAACAUUAAAAAUGUUGAAGACCUCUUUUCUUUGUGGUACCAUGUUUCUUGCAUUCAUUAUUUUUUGUGCCCUCAUUGGAACAGCAACUUAAUACAUUGUUUGCAGAUCAAUGUGACACAGGCCUUUAAACAGGUGCAUUCUGUGACAAGUUGGCAAUUUUGCAUACUGGUAUACAACUUUAUAUUGCCAUGUCUGCCAAAAAUAUUGAAAUAAAUCUUAAAUUAUG